CCCUUGCGGCUCGGCACUUUCCCUCCCUGGGAGGAGCCGCGCUCCAGAGCAGCCCCGGGCUCCCUCCCGACUGGCGCUGGAGAGGAUGCAGCUAGGGGAGCAGCUGCUGGCCAGCGCCGCGAGCCUGGCCGGGCCCCCCUUCUACCCGCCGGAGAGCGGCGGCGCCCGCGGCGGCCACCGCAGCCAGCCCAGCUCGGGCUCCCCGCAGCGCCUGGACUUGGACAAGGGGCCGAAGAAGUGCGGCAGCGCCGGGCCGGGCAUGCUGAGCGAGGCGGAGGCCGGCGAGCCCUUCCCCGGCGCGGGCUCCAAGCAGGGCGCCCCGGACGGCCGCAAGGCGGCCCCUUGCGGGGAGGCCGAGCUGCCCCCGGCCGCCGCCGCCCGCUACCCGCUGGACAGCCUGAGCGCCGAGCGCUACUACCUGCAGUCCCCCGGGCCGCAGGGGGCCGAGCUGGGCGGGCCCUGCUCGCUCUUCCCCUACCCGGCGGCGCAGCACGGCUCCGUCUACCAAUCGCCCGGCGGGGCGCGCUACCCCUACGGCUCCGUGCUGUCCCCGGGGGGCUUCUCGGCCGCCGUGUGCUCCCCGGGCGGCCGGGCGCAGUUCGGGGGCGGCGGCGGCGGCGGCGGCUACCAGUACGGCCAAGGGGCGGCGGGGCCCCUGUACAGCCCCUACCCGGCGGCGGGCUCCUGCGGCGGGCUGGGCGCCUUAGCCGUGCCCGGCUCGGGGCCGGGGCUCCGGGCGCAGGUCUUCCUCUGCAACCGCCCGCUCUGGCUCAAGUUCCACCGGCACCAGACCGAGAUGAUCAUCACCAAGCAGGGCAGGCGGAUGUUUCCCUUCCUGAGCUUCAACAUCACCGGCCUCAGCCCCACGGCCCAUUACAACGUGUUCGUGGAGGUGGUGCUGGCCGAUCCCAACCACUGGCGCUUCCAAGGGGGCAAGUGGGUGACGUGCGGGAAAGCGGACAACAACAUGCAAGGCAACAAAGUGUAUGUUCACCCUGAGUCCCCAAACACUGGAGCUCAUUGGAUGAGGCAGGAGAUCUCUUUUGGAAAACUAAAACUGACCAAUAACAAAGGUGCUAACAAUAAUAAUACUCAGAUGAUAGUACUUCAGUCUCUACACAAGUACCAACCUCGACUUCAUAUUGUGGAAGUGACUGAAGAUGGGGUUGAAGAUCUCAAUGACUCUUCAAAGACUCAGACGUUUAUUUUCCCGGAAACCCAGUUCAUAGCAGUUACUGCAUAUCAAAACACUGAUAUCACUCAGCUUAAAAUUGACCAUAAUCCUUUUGCAAAAGGCUUCAGGGACAACUAUGAUUCCAUGUACACAGCUUCAGAAAAUGACAGAUUAACUCCAUCUCCCACGGAUUCUCCUAGAUCCCACCAGAUUGUCCCAGGAGCCCGGUACAGCAUGCAACCAUUCUUCCAGGAACAGUUUGUCAACAACUUGCCACCAGCCAGAUUUUACAAUGGUGAGAGAACUGUACCUCAGACAAAUGGCCUGCUCUCUCCUCAGCAGAAUGAAGAGGUGGCCAAUCCUCCCCAGAGAUGGUUUGUUACUCCUGUGCAGCAGCCUGGUACCAACAAACUGGAUAUGAACUCCUAUGAAACAGAAUAUUCUCCUAGCACCUUGCUCCCCUAUGGCAUUAAAUCUCUUCCCUUGCAGACAUCCCAUGCUUUGGGAUAUUAUCCUGAUCCAACAUUCCCUUCCAUGGCAGGGUGGGGAAGCAGAGGUUCUUAUCAGAGAAAAAUGGCAACUGGGUUACCUUGGACCUCCCGAACAAGUCCCCCAGGUUUCUCCGAAGACCACCUUCCCAAGGAGAAGGUGAAAGAAGAAAUCAGCUCAUCCUGGAUAGAGACCCCACCUUCCAUAAAAUCUCUAGAUUCAAAUGAUUCUGGCGUCUACACUAGUGCUUGUAAGAGAAGACGGCUCUCUCCUAGCACUUCCAGCAAUGAAAAUUCUCCAACAAUGAAAUGUGAAGACAUGCAUGCUGAGGACUAUAGCAAAGACACUUCAAAAGGCAUGGGCUACUAUGCUUUCUAUACUACUACUUAGAGCAUUAUUUCAUCCCGAUUUGGCUAAAUUUUCAGGGUGGCUUUGGGUUUUGUUUUUCUUUCAUUUUGUUUUUUCUACAUAAAAGUUGCCAAAAAGGCUCUUGCCUUCCACCUUGAAUUGUUUUUGUGCAGUUCUAUAGAAGGUGCCAAAGCUUUUUGACUACUGGAGGUAAUUGGGUGGGGAAGGAACUGUAUUAUAAUUUGAUCUUAACUUUUGGAAGGAACAGUAAGGGGGUUGUUAGCAAGAUCCUGUUUUUUACAAUGUGGAUUAUUUAUUGGAGACACUAAAAUGUACAGUUUGGCUGGCUCAGUGGUCUAUGGGGUAAGUGCUAUGCAUUACCAAACAGGAGAUCUGGGUUUUUUAUCCUAAACUCUCUUUGCGUCUAGGUCUCUGAGAAGUGUCUGCAACUGCUACACUGUGCUUCAGAUAGAGUAGGCCUCAUCAACACACUCAGCUGCCCAAUCAGAAGCAUCUAACUCAGUGCAGUUAGGGCUGCUUGGACAGAAGAUAACACAAGAAGGGAGGAUUACUUUUAAAAAAAUUUUGUGAAUGGAAAGUUUUGACUUGAACACCCUGCUGCCCAGGCCCGGGGUUUGAUCAAAUCUGGCUUUCUUUAACUUGGGUGGGAUAAAAUGACUUAAUUUUGGAGGGGGGGUUAUGAGAAGUGAACUUUACCGAGGUGGCCAAAAAAAGACAGUGUACAGCUGUAUUUGUCUAGGUACACUGUAGAGUACUGUGGAAUACAUUGUAUAAAUAGUCUACAUAUAGAGGUCUGGUUGGGAUCAUAUGAAGUUGGUGCUUUGGCGUUCUAAAAGCAUUUUUGAUUAUUCCAGCAAAUUUAGCCUCUCGGAGCAUUUAAAAAAUGCAUUGCUGAAAGUAUAUCAAAAGGUAUCUAUAUUGACUUGUAGGUAAAGUGGUUUUUUCAGCUGCCCUGUAUUAACUUGAAAGUGAUGUAAUUUAUCCACUCUUCUCGCGACUAGUUUCAGAUGUUUCAAAAUAAUGCAAACCCUAAAGCGCUGGCACACAAAUUUCUGAAAACGUUUCUCUUGGAUUUUUUUGCUAUGUACAUAGUAGUAAUUUUUAAAUAAAUGUGAUGUGUGCUGGGGCAAGA